AGUAUGGUUUAUAAAAUUAUAAAAAUCAAUUACUACCUGCGUUUUUUGACAAGAGCGUUCAACAUUUUUGUAUAAGUACAGCCUUGCUAUAUUUAUAUGAUGGAAGAGUUAGCUUCCUCUAUAAAUCAAUAUGAAGACCAACUCUCAGUCGUUAGACAAGCACUGCAAGCUACCCAGGAUGCUAAUGAACGCGAAUCUCUUUCUGUAUUGCAAUCAGAACUACAAGAGCUUAUCAGUCUUACUAAGGAAAGUAUGAACGUACAACAAAAUGAUAACAAUCAAUGUGACAAUGCAACAGAAUCUAAUGGACUUGAUGAAGAAUAUGCACUCUUUAUGAAAGAGAUGGAUGAAAGUGAUACAUCAAAUGUUAAAGACCACAAAAACACUACAGAAGAGGACAAAAAUAGUGAUAUAGAAGAUGAACUGGCUAGUCUUCUUGGGAUGAAAUGUUCUGUGUAUCAUACACACACUUGGGGAGGUCAACCCACCUUACACAAUGCUAUGGUGGGAUCUGUAGUGCCUCGGCAAGAGGAUGACCAAUUUAGUGACUUACAAGUUCAGGUCCUUUUUACACAUCCAACACACACUGAAAUGUUGCCAUGCCCUUUUUUCUUGAACGGAGAAUGCAAAUUUAGUGAUGAACAAUGUAGGUACUCACAUGGAAAACUGGUUCAACUAUCCAGUUUAAAGGAAGCAAUUGAACCAAACUACGAAGGCUUAAAAGUAGGCAGCAGGAUAUUAAUGAAACUUAAGCCACCAGAUGAUGAGGAUAUGAGCACAGUUAAAAAGUCGACAGAAAAAUAUCAUCUUUGGCAGAGAGCUAUAGCAACUGGUGUAGAUUUAGAUAAGAGGACAUGUGUCGCUAAGCUAGAACACGGUGGGAAGAUUGGAGAGAAAAGAAAAGUUGUUUCAGAUGAAUUUCAUUUGAAGUUUGAAGAUUUUUUUCCUCUUGGAUCUCAAGAUGACAAUGACACCGACUCGGACAGUAUAAGUGACACAGAGUAUCCAGAGUUGAAGAGUAGCGAAAGAAAUGAUGACCACACCAAUUUGAUAGGAGACAAUUUACAUAUUAAUGCUCCCGCAAUGGGGGAGUGGGAACGUCAUACUAGAGGCAUGGGAUCAAAGAUUAUGUUAUCAAUGGGUUACAUCCCGGGCACAGGCUUGGGUGCAGCAAGUGAUGGCCGUUUGUUACCGGUUGAGGCUCACAUCAUGCCCUCUACAGCCUCCCUUGAUAGGUGUAUGGAAUUGAAACAGAAAGCUUCAGACAAAGAUGCAUUUUUGGUUGAAAAGAGACUUAAAAGAUUACAAAAAAGAGAAGAAGAACGCAGUAAACGUGCCUAUGAAAGGGAGAAAGAAAUGGAGAGAAGGAAUGUUUUUAAUUUCCUAAACAAUACAUUAGGUGAUAAAGUUGAUGUGGAUACAGAACAAUCAAAAAGAGCACCAACGGUUGACGUUAAACAAUCAUCUAGUAAAGAUUUGAACAUAGAAAAAUUCAAAUUGGAUGAAGAUAGCAAACGGAUUGAAUGCGAGAUAAUUAAGCUAAAUGGUUCAUUAGCAAGGUAUCCAUCACAGAGUAAUGGCUACAGAAGCAUUAGCAUACAAAUAGCAGAGAAAAAGAGAGAACUGGAUCUGCUGAGAAAGAAAGAGAAGGAAAUAACAAAAGAACAAAACCAGAGGAAGGACAAGCAGAAGAUGACGGUGUUUUAGUAUAAUUUGUUACAUCGUAUGUAGUUAAUGAUAUAAACAUUUCGUUUUUAUUA